AUGCCAAAAGUAACUUUUGAGUGUGGUGUUUCACUCAUGCUUUUGCUGAUAGCUCUACUCUUUCUGCAAGGAGUGAUCAGCCUGGAUAACGGAUUAGCAAGGACACCGCCGAUGGGUUGGUUGACUUGGCAGCGUUUCAGAUGCGAAACAGAUUGUAAAACUUAUCCAAGAGACUGUAUUAGUGAAGACCUUAUACUUAGACAAGCAAAACAGCUUGUUUCUGGUGGAUGGAAAGAUCGCGGGUACCGAUAUGUGAUUAUCGAUGAUUGUUGGCCUUCAUACCAACGAGAUCCAGCAACUCAUAAGUUAGUUGCUGAUCCAAUCAGAUUUCCUCAUGGUAUAAAGUGGUUGGCAGAUCAAAUUCACUCAAUGGGUCUUCUAUUCGGCAUCUAUCUCGAUUUUGGAACAAAAACUUGUGCCGGAUAUCCAGGCAGUUUGGAUUAUUUGGAAUUGGAUGCUCAAACUAUGGCCGAAUGGGAAGUUGACUAUAUCAAGAUGGAUGGUUGUUGGAGCAAAGUUAGCGUAAGCCAAUGA